GGUUGCGAAGGCCAAGUGCCUCAUCUACCAAGAUCCAGAAUCCAUACUUAGACCGUCUUUUUACUGGAUAAACUCAUGCAUAGAAUAAAGCAGAGUAUUAUGGACGGCCCAUUUACCGCCUCCUGUUCAGUUUCUUGCUGCAACAUCUCCGUUGGUCGUACCAAAGGCGAGCUUCACCUGCACUAGAUUCCAGAGCUACCAAAGUAAAGCAGCGGUUUGUUUACUCACCCUGAGUUUAAUUCAUUUGGGGACCUUCCGGAGACACGCCGGAGACAUCUCACAUAUGACGAAUCUAUUUCAUGCUCUUCUUUCAUCCUGUUCAUCUUCCAAGCGUACUUAAACGUACCGCUGACACAGUUCUUUCUGACCAGUCAUUCCCAUCUCUCCCUUCUCCCAUCGUCUUCAUCUAGUUCUGUGAUUUGGUAUUUGUAGUCUUCAAUCUACGCGACAUUAUGUGGGGGUCCAAGCUCUCAGCUGUGCUGUCCGCGCUCAGCUUGACACAAUCCGUUCCUGCGACUGAGCUUGAGCAGGUUGUCACCGAGAAUGGCGUGAAGCAAGUGGCCAUUAUUGGAGCGGGCGCCGGUGGUUCUUCCGCGGCCUACUACCUCCAAAAGUUCGCCGAAGCCGAAGGUCUUCCCGUAAACAUUACUGUGUUUGAAAAGACCGACCGAGUAGGAGGCCGGACGUUGACCGUCGACGCUUACGGCAACCCGCUCGAGCCGGUUGAGCUGGGCGCUUCCAUCUUCAUCGAGGCCAAUCACAUCAUCUAUAAUGCCAGUAUCAACUUUGGGCUUCCCCUGAAAGAGCCAGAGUCUGGCAGUGACGGCUUCCUGGGCAUUUGGGACGGCGAGAAGUUUGUCUUUUCCCAAGACGAUAGUUCCUGGAACUGGUGGAACUUGGCCAAGCUCUUCUGGAAGUACGGCACCGCCCCGUACAAGGCGCAGAAGCUCGUGCAGUCGACCGUUGCGACCUUUUUGCAGCUCUAUGAGAAACCUCACUUUCCUUUCCGAUCGCUCACGCAAAGAGUCUUCGAGCUGGAUCUUUUGAAGGCAACUUCCGUUACUGGGGAGCAGUUUCUUGCCAACAACGAUAUCAGUGAACUUUUCUCCCACGAUAUCAUCCAGGCAGCCACUAGAGUCAAUUACGCAUCUAAUCUGAAGUACAUCCACGGUCUUGAGACAAUGGUCUCUCUUGCCCCUGAAGGCGCUCGGCAAGUCAUUGGGGGCAACUGGCAGGUUUUCCAGACAAUGCUUCAAAGGAGUAACGCAACACUGCAUCGCAACACUUCGGUGACAUCGAUCGCCGUGAAGUCUGGCCCUUCUAGCUCCAAGUAUCUACUUUCAACCAAAGACGCUCAUGCUGAAGCCGAGACAGAAUCGAACCAGUACCCGAUUGCUUUCGACAACGUCGUCAUUGCGACGCCUUGGCAGUAUGGAGAUAUCAGCGUCUCAGAGGAUCUUUUCCAGCACAAGAUUGAUGAGGUUCCUUAUACCAAGCUUCACGUCACCCUUUUUGCCUCACCGUUCCACCUCUCCCCGGAGUACUUUGGUCUCGAACCUGGUUCCAAGGCACCCGACUCAGUCCUCACAACGCUCGGCCCCGAUGACGAGGCAAAGGCUGGCUCUGAAGGUGCUGGCAAGGCUGGCUUCUACUCUGUCAGCACCCUCAGAACCGUUACAAACCCCGACACUCUCAAGGACGAGUUUCUCUACAAGAUCUUCUCUCCUAAGAAGGUGACGGCAGAGUUUCUGUCAAAGCUGCUUGGCGUUGAAGUGCCGGCGUCCAUUGUUGCGGGCAAAAAGUCAGGGGAAGCUGGCCAGCGCACUGUUGAACCCAUCUCUUGGUAUUACCCGCAUGUGUUCAACUCAUACCCCAUUGAAUACCCGCGUGUCACUUUCCAAGACCCCAUACUGAGGGACGGACUGUAUUAUCUUUCGGGUAUCGAAAGCUUCAUCUCGUGUAUGGAGACCAGCGCGUUGAUGGGAAUGAACAUUGCAAAGUUGAUCGCCGACGAUUUCUCAGAGGCCAAGGAGACACUCGAGAAGAUUGAGGUUGAUGGUGCGCAGGAGGUACUGGGGCAAUUUGAGAAGGAGGCGCCUGUGGCUGAGGAGCUGUAAUUGCUCUGGGUUGAACAGUUUUGUUUCCUUCUGUUUGUCUGGUGUCUUUCAGCACCGCGCUCUAUUCACUAUUGCAACAUGCGUAGGACGCAGUAAUCUCAGAGGACUGUACAGAAUGAUACUUGUUGUUGGGUAUUCUGUAUCAGAUUGUGUUCCCUUACUCGACUUUCUUCGAGAGAGAAAUAUCCUCAAUUG